UGACAAACAAACGUGUUGUUUGUGAAUCACGAAAUGAAACGAUAAAAUUCAAUUUAAAUCGCAGUAUAUUCAGAAAACUUGUAAUAAAAUGGGUUUCCUUACAAUAUUGAAGAAGCUUCGACAGAAGGAGAAAGAAAUGCGAAUACUUAUGUUAGGACUGGACAACGCGGGUAAGACGACGAUCCUGAAGCGGUUCAACGGGGAGCCGAUCGACACGAUCUCGCCGACGCUGGGGUUCAACAUCAAGACGCUGGAGCACCGCGGGUACAAGCUCAACAUCUGGGACGUCGGCGGGCAGAAGUCGCUCAGAUCCUACUGGAAGAACUACUUUGAGAGCACAGACGGCGUGGCCUGGGUAGUUGACAGCGCAGACACGAGGCGACUGGAGGCCUGCGCGAAGGAGCUACGUACGCUGCUGCAGGAGGAACGUCUCGCCGGAGCAACAUUGCUUGUGCUGGCAAACAAGGCUGACCUUCCGGGAGCACUCACCUUGCAGGAGAUCAGAGAGGCCCUCGACCUGGACAGCAUCAAGUCCCACCACUGGCGGAUCGUGCGCUGCUCGGCUGUCACCGGCGAGAACCUUCUCGAGGGCAUAGAUUGGAUGCUGGAUGACAUAGCGUCGAGGAUAUUUUCACUAGACUAGAUUAUAUAUUAGACUCUAGACGUUACUAACUACUCAAAUAAUUCCAACUGAU